GAGCCCGCUUAUUCCUCCUCUUUUGCUUCGCUGCUGACAUGCAUUCUUUCUUGUCUCCAUUUAACAAGGCGAUCUUAGUGGCUUUGUUUAUUUUUGCCAUUUUACUCAUUCUUUAUGUAAUACUAUGGUAUAUAUGCCGAGACGUGGAUUGCGACCACGGUAUCUGACGCUUGUCGUGAGAAAAGCAGACGAUACCCUGACUUUGGCUUAUACGGAGACGCGCCAGGGUGACCCUUUGUUUUGCCCACACAAAAUGGAAGGGUUGCCAUAGUGACGGGGGGUGCCCGAGGAAUGGGUUAUGAGACUGCAAGACACCUGGCCAGGCUUGGCAUGCAUGUGGUUAUAGCUGGGAACUCUGAAGAGGAAGGCCUGCAAGCUGUGAAGAAGAUCCACGAAGAGGGCAGCGAGGGGAAAGUGGAAUUUCUGAUCCUGGACCUGUUUUCCCUGAAGUCGGUACGGCAGUUUGUCCACAGGUUUAAAGCCAGGGCUCUACCACUUCACGUCCUUGUCAACAAUGCCGGUGUCAUGCUGGUUCCCGAGGGAACGACGGAGGACGGUUUCGAGCUGCACUUUGGUCUGAACUAUCUAGGACACUUCCUGUUGACAAACCUCCUCCUGGACAAACUGAAGAGGUCUGGGAGACACGACGCCUGCUCCCGCGUCGUCACCAUGUCCUCCGCCACACACUACGUUGGAAGACUCAAUAUGGAAGACCUACAGGGCAGGUCCUGCUACAGUGCGCAUGGUGCCUACUCUCAGAGUAAACUGGCUCUGGUUCUCUUCACGUACCAUCUGCAGGAGAAGAUAACCACAGGAGGGUUCCCAGUAACAUCCAACACAGUAGACCCAGGCAUGGUGGACACUGACCUGUACAACAACCUCUGUAUUCCAGCCCAGGCAGCCAAGAAACCUGUUGCCAAAAUGCUGUUUAGGACCCCAGCCGAGGGAGCGUCUACAUCUAUCCUGGCUGCCACUGCCUCGCAGCUGGAGGGGGUCGGAGGCUGCUACUUCUAUAACGGGGAGAGAACUGAAUCGGCUGACAUUACUUACGAUCACAACGUGAGGGCUGAGCUGUGGAAACAGAGCUGUGCGCUGGUUGGUCUUCGGGAGUCCUAGAGGAGGAACCAGGAACCAUGAUCUUAGAAGUAUGCCAAGAUCAGUGGCAUGACACCUCCCUCCAGCGCCAACAACAACCAAGCUGCGUCCCAAUUCUCAAGCUUCCCUUCGGCCCCAAGUGUGCACUUGUUCCCUUCCCUUCAUGGAUUUAAAAGCACUGGUAUAGGAAAUAUGGUAGCAACUCCCUCUAGCCUAGGCUGACACCAAUCCAAUGCUUUUAAAUUCAUGGGGAGGAGAGCACAAGUGCAUAUUUUAGUAGUGUCGGGAUACAGCCCAAGUCAGCCCCAGCCAGCACUACAUACAGCGACAGCCUGUGGACUUAGGCUUCCUGAUUACUUAGCAACAUCUAGCUACAGCACAAACCUUGGUUGUUGCCUCUACAGUAACUGUCCUCCCUUGACCUCUGUCCUCACAGUACUGCGUAACACACCAGCAAUUGGAAUCGACUCUUCAGCAUUUCAUAUCUUCUAACAUAGCUCCUCCUCCGCAACGACAGUUCUGAAGACACCCAUUCUACCAUGCGGCAAGCUCUAUUAAACACAUGCUGAACUGCACAUUGAGUGAUGGAAUUGAUGUUUUUUAAUGUAUACA